AUGCCCAAAAAUAUUAUACUCUGUUUUGAUGGAACCAAAGAGAAUUUCGGUCCACAGCCUUAUACAAACGUACUGAAAAUAUAUAGAUUACUGGAUACAACUAAUCAAGUUUGCUAUUAUCAACCUGGGGUUGGUACUGCCACCACAUUUGAUUCUAUCGAUGAUCUUCAACGUUAUUUGACACUAUCGACUUUGAAAAAUACUAUGGAUGCCAUGUUUGCGUUCUGUCUCGAUGAUCACAUCACUUCUGUGUACCUCUAUUUAAUGCAUCAUUACAAACCUGGUGACAACAUAUAUAUGUUUGGAUUUUCUCGUGGUGCAUUUAUUGGAAGAGUUCUUGCAGGAAUGAUUGAACGGGUCGGCCUACUAAAUGAAGGUUUGGAUGAUAUGGUUGGUAUGGCAUGGAGAAUAUAUGAAUCCUGGGAAUACGCCGAACAACCAAGUCCUACAAGUUAUACGACAACUUUAAUUCAAGAAUUUAAAAUGAUUUUUAGUCGUGAAUAUGAAAUCAAAAUACAUUUCCAAGGGUUUUUUGAUUCAGUUAAUUCUGUUGGUUUCUUCAGAGAACGAUUAUUCCCAUGUACUCAAAGAAGUAAUAUUGUACAACAUGUUAGACAUGCGUUAUCUAUCGAUGAAAGAAGAGGUAAAUUUAAACAAGUUUGUUUUACACCAAAUCCUUACCAACCUGAAAUGUUUUCUUUGCGAAAUAAAACACUUAAUAAAAAGGAAAAUGAUAUGAUAUAUAGUGUUUAUUCUACAUUAUCAACCAAUAGAUCACAGGACGGUAUAAAUAACAACGGUGAUGUUAUCCAGGAGAAGUUAUCACCUGAAUGCAAAUUGUAUAACCCAAUUAUUGAUUAUACAAUUCAUCGAUAUGUCGGAUUAACUAGAGGUUUAUCUAGUUGUAAAACUUCUAGUAUUGCUGUGUUAGGGGGAAGAAUAAUUAAACCAAAGACAGAUAGAAAGGAAUUAUUAUGUAGCACAAGCGAACGUUUAAUAAAAACAGUGGAUUCAUUUUUAGAAUUAACUAACCCAUAUGCAAACAGCUAUACCUACUGUUCGAGAGAUAAUGUAGAAGGUACAUUCAAAUUGAAUAGAAGUAUGUCGUACUCAAUGUCAGACAUGGCUUCUUUUAACGAAAUACCUACUUCAAUGACAUCAACACAGACACUGACUCCAGAUUUACAAGAAAAAUGGUUCCCUGGAGACCAUUGUGAUAUUGGCGGUGGAUGGACACCAGAUUGUAGAAGUCAUAAUUUUUUAUCUAAUGUUUCGUUGAGAUGGAUGAUAGCAGAGGCGAUUAAAAAUGGUGUAAAAUUUAAGCCAGGCGUCAUUGGGAAGUUUGCCAAAAAAUAUACUUCUUUAGGAUCAAUAUGUUGUUCUGCUCAUGACUACUUAAAUUUUGAAACUUGUAAAUAUUGUAAGACAGGACAAGAACAUCAUAUAAAGCAACAAGAAUUGUUAAUUAAUAAUCUUCAUACUAACCACAAUUUCGUACAAUUGCAAAGUGAUGAUACUUUUGAUGUAGUUGACCGGUUGUGGACAACUGAGUCUCCCAAAGAUAGUGAAGUUGAUAGCUGUUCAAACGUAAGAGUUCAUGACGUUUUUAACUCUAAUUGUACUCAUAUCAAGAAAUUUUUAAGCUUAUUUUGGUGGCUGGUAGAAUUAUUACCAAUAGGAUUAAAGAUAGAAUCUCAGGAUGGGAAAUGGAGAAACAUAUAUAUUCCAAAUUUAGGGAGAGGGCGUUGUAUUCCUUGCUAUGCAGACAUGCAUUGGUCAGUUUAUUGGAGAUUGAAAUUUCAUAGUGAUUAUCGACCAACAAAUUUACCAUCUUAUGUAUACGAUAUUAUGAGCCAUAGAAAUCUGAGUAAUUCUAAUAGUAUUGUAAGUUUCCAAUUAAGAUGGGGUUCUUCUAGGUAUAGACAAGAAACUACUGAUGAAGAAAACGCCACAACCAAAUUUUGUAAUGUGUCACCGAAUAAUUCAGACAAUAUGGUUUUAAGUGAUAUUGAAAACUUCAAUGUUUUGGGAGACAUUAAUUACCAUCGAGCAGUUGAAGAAAUUAUAACUUGGGAGAACAAUAAUUGGUUAACAAUACCUGAUGACCUAAGAAUAUUACUCGAAGAAGAUCCUGAACUUUAG